ACAGGCAGAGAUGUUCAUGCAGAGUCUCAAAGAGGGUAAGUUUGUUUGGGAUUUCAUGAAAUAUCAAAUAUUGUUGUGGUGUAAAGAUGAAACCCUGUAUUUUUUUCUUUUAGGCAUCCUCUCGGCCAUUUUUCUUCUCUUGGCAGCAUCGGGACAGUCGGCGCAAACGAUAAGAAAUUUUACUCCGCUUGAAAACGGUAGCACGGCUUAUCCUCUCAUCAGUUCACAAAGGCCAUGUGGGAGCCAAGACCAACAUUUCUGUUUCAAUGGCGGGACCUGCUUUUACCCUCAAGACAACAACAAACCCUUUUGCAUCUGCACAUCCGGAUUUAGCGGGAAUCGCUGUCAUGAUGUGGACAUGGACUCUGUAUUCCACAUUCCUCACCUUGUUGUCGAGCAGCUCAUCGCCAUCACUUGCGGGACGGCCAUUUUCGUUUUCUUCCUGGUGGUUGCCAUUUACUGCAUCGUGAGUAAGAGGUUAAAAAAGAAAGCCAAACUAAUCACAGCUGCACCAUGUGAGGUCACAGUGUGACAUCCUCCUGCUCAUCGUUCCAGCCACAUUUCAAGAUGGACGCCACAACAGAAAUCGACAUUUUUCAUUUGCACAUGUUUCUAGUAAGCACUAAAAUAGCCAAAUGAUGAUAAAACAUGGCAAUUGUACUUUAAACUACAUGAAAAUGUGACUAUUUAUUUCUUUAAUUUAUUUUGUCUUCAAUUUAUUUAAUUUUUUUUUUUUUUCUAAUAAAUGCAAAUUUCAAAUGUGUGUGUUUUUUAUUCAACAAAAAAUGAAAUAUAUUAGGUUAUUAGAAGGAAGAAUAAGUUAAAAUGUAAGGGUACUCAUUAGGACAUGCGUGUAUGCAUGGAGUAGAAAAGUAUUUAGUAGGGCUGUCAAACGAUUAAAAUUUUUAAUCGAGGUAAUUAAAGCUUAAAAAUUAAUUAAUCGCAAUUAAUCGCAAUUUAAACCAUCUAUUAAAUAUGCCAUAUUUUUCUGUAAAUUAUUGUUGGAAUGGAAAGAUAAGACACAAGACGGAUAUAGACAUUCAACAUGCGGUACAUAAGUACUGUAUUUGUUUAUUAUAAUAAAUCAACAAGAUGGUUGUUAAAGCGAUCCAUGGAUAGAAAGACUUGUAGUUCUUAAAAGAUAAAUGUUAGUACAAGUUAUAGAAAUUUUAUAUCAAAAGCCCUCUUAAUGUUUUCGUUUUAUUAAAAUUUGUAAAAUUUUCAAUCAAAAAAAUAAACUAGUUGCUCGCCAUUGUUGAUGUCAAUAAUUACACCAUGCUCACUCAUGGUACUAACCCAUAAAAUCAGUUUGACCCUAGUGCCAGCAGAGGGCGCCAAACACCAAAAAACAAGUAACAAGCGGACAUUACACUGUACUGUCAUUUUAAUCUGUUUGAGCGGGGCAUGUGCGUUAAUUGCGUCAAUAUUUUAACGUGAUUAAUUUAAAAAAUUAAUUACCGCCUGUUAACGCGAUAAUUUUGACAGCCCUAGUAUUUAGAUAAAUUCUCAAAAUCCCAUACAGUCCCCUUUAAGAAGAUCACUUUGCAAUAUUUUUUAAUUGUAUUUUUUUAAAUAAUUACAUUUAAUUUGCUAAAAAAAAAAAAAAAAAAUACAGAUUGUCCCCGGGUUGCGACGUACUCGACUUGGCAAUUUCGACUUUGCGACGCUGGACUCUCGUCCGCCAUUUUGUCUCGUCUUUUUUUAUUUUUUAUUUUAUUUCUUUUUUUUUUUUACCGCAUAAACAGUACCUUUUUGUACAUCACAGUAGCCUAUUUUUUACUUCACUGAUAUGAAGUGUUCUGUCCUCACUAAACAUGGAGUUGUUCAUCUUGACAGACAGUAAACAUGGCAAUUGUGCUUUUUGAAGCUAUUCCUUCACUUUUGACAAUUUGUAAAGCUGACUUGUGCACUUAUUUUCAAAACGACACAUAUUUUAACAAUAAAACACGACACAAACCAAUUGGUGUUCAAAUGUCUAUCGAGUCUGGUCAAUAUGUCAAUUUAGUAGAUUAAAUUAGCCUAAUUCACCUCAAAAAAGUCUGCUACCUUAAAUACUACGAAUGCUCACGUAUUUACAAUUCUCAUAGAAAAUCGCUCACACAUAACUCCACAAACUAUUUUUAAACUUAGUUACAAAUGCAUGCACAAAAAUAUAUUAUCUGAAACAACUUACAGCCUUAUGUGGGCCAAACCAUACCGCAGCUAUCCUUUAUCCAUUUUAGAUAUCUGAGUCUGCUUCUCAGUCAUACAAGGCGGCUGUCCAGCCAGAACUAACGCUGCCACCAGAGGGCGGUGUAUCCUCCAUCAUUAACAAAAUACAAUACUUUUGGACUUUUUGAGAUUUAGGGCUACUUAAAGGGUUAAUUCCGAUUCAUGCAGAAAUUCGGGUUACGUCGCCAUCGUAGGAACGUAACUCGUUCGUAACCCGGGGACUUAUUAUGUUGUGUAGGCAACAUUUGUGGUUAACACAGGGGCCAGCAUCAAAAAAUGUUGAAAGAGCCAUACUGGAACAAAAAACAACACAAAUAUGUCUAAAACCACAAAAAAUUAAAAGCCCUAUAUAAGCCUAAUAAUAAAGGAAACACAUUCUGUAUAUAUCUAAUGUAUAUUAGCUAUAUUAGUCUAGUAUCGAAAUGACAAAGUUGGCUACAAAUAUAUAAUGAGCCUUCAUGAUUA